AUAUACUCGCCACAUAUUCUCAGUAUCUGUGCAAUAUGUCCAAGUCAUGAUAGUCCAGAAUAUGGAACCUUUCGCAUGUUUACAACCAUUUAUUAGGCAAGUUUAUUAAUAUUUGAACCACAUCCCUUGAGGAGUUCUGAGUUCUUGUUCUUGUCGCAUCUCAGCGAACAUCCAUACGUAUCUGUCUGUUUAGGCAAAGCCUUUGGCGAGUUGCCAGAAGUUGUCCAUCUUAGUGCGGGCCAGAGCAUCUCUCGCUUCCGAGUCUGUCUCACACACUUUACUUCCCCAUUUUCUGAAUGCUCGCGCCUUCUCUUCGCCCUCAAAGACAAGCUUGCAUUCGUUCAUCGACAUAUCCUUAAGCUCGCCGUUAUCCUUUUCGGCGAGAAGCCAGUCGCGUGUGGCGCCUUGUUUUCCGUCUCGGUCUCUUGACGGCGAAUUCUCGGUCCAGUCGAUUCGGUUAAGCAUGAGCUUCUUGUACUUCUUGAUACUCCAUUCGCCUCCUUCUACAAUCACCAAAUUGAAUUUGGGGUGCAUGACGCAUAUGCCUGUAAGUGCCAGUUGCUCAGCGUUCAUGCCGAUCUUGUAACGGUGUUGUCCAUUCGCUAGGCUUCCAAUCUUGAAAACCAGCAUGUGAAUUCCCUUCUCGGCGUCUUUUUGUUGAUUUGUCGCGAGUUUGUCGUGUUUCUGAUCCUUGGUGAGUUUCCUUUCUUCGUUUGUUUCGACGUGUUUCUGGUGGCGUUCCGCAAUCUCUCGAUUGACGCGCGCUUCGACAGCAGUUGGAUCCUUGACAGCAACUAGAUAAAACAUUAGCAUGUGAUUGAGUCAACGAGAUCGUAUGUUAGACUCACCGUCACCAAGAACUCGCAUCAGGUUGCCCUUCUUGACCUUGGGAGGCGGAGCUGGUACCAAUCCCAAGCGAAUUUUAGCUUGCAUUUCUUUUAGCUCAGCCAUUCGUCGUUGUCGCCUCAACUUCGCUUGUUCUCUCGAAGUCAGGAACAUAGGCUUCGCCGCCGGAACGUGUCGAUCUUGAGGUGGCUCGAGUGCGACCGGAUGCUGAAUAUAUUCAGUGAUGAUGCUGUCGGCCGUUGUAAGUUUGAGUUUCGAAGGGUCAUCCAGCAUGUCAUAGCUUCCUCCGUCAACAAGUCCUUCAUCCCACCACUCAAUCUCUGGCGGUGCAUCCACGACAUAGUUCCUUUCAACAUCUAGAUCGUCGUCGAUACCAGCUUUUCGAGUUUGCUCUGCAAUUCGUUUUUUCAUCGCCUCCAAGGCGGCUUGCCGACGAAGAGCAUUGGCUUGGGCGAUAUAUUUGCCCUUCUGGUUGAAUACAAGUGAUCUUGACUGUCGUCCCUUCCCUCCACCAGGUUGUGUUGAAAGACUAGGAUCGUAGUAGGGGUUCUCUCCAUUCUGCUUAUUGACCAAGCCCGACCUCGUGGCGUCUUGCGACCGGACCUUGUCUGUUCGCCCACUUGAUGGCAUUGGCGUCGAUUCCUUUGAUUUACUUGCGGGCUUAUAUGAUCCUAGAUCCUCCAAGGCAGGAUGAAGUCCAACGUUUAGGCCCCCCUUUGCCUUGCUGGUUCCGAUUGCUGCGGCGACUCGAGCCUUGAGUGCAGCCAUCCUGUCCGCAGCAGACUCGAUCUUUUGCACUCGCGAUGAGGCAUCGUGGCGAGGGCCGAGCCCAUGGGAUUGGUUGUUGCGAUCCAUCACUGUAGCUCAACGAUGCCUGAUCGUUUAGUUGAGGCUACAAAGACACUGCCUUUACAGCUGUGCUAAGGAGCGCCUUUGGAAGAUCAAGAAUUUCAACUGCGAAUUAUGGCGCGUAUCAGCAGUAAAAAUUCGGUUGGAUGGUCCGGCGAUCGUGGUUUCGGUGAUGCGCGUGCAAUAGAUACAGCUUUUAAGAUGAUGCAAAUGGCAAGGUCAGUAAGAGCCAUGCGUGGAGACGCUGAGUAGCGUGCAAGACUGGCUCCAUGGAUCGGUCUAAAAUUCUGCCGGGCCGCACCGCCAAAAAAUUGUUCUCUCGCAAAGGUCCCCACUGCCUCUACGAUUUACCUUCACUUCGCAUAGUGCACUGGGAAUGGAUUUCGUCAGUUAACCCAAAGACGUCGCUCAAUCGCCAAAUUAUUCGCUCGAAAGGGCGGCAAUAACGUCACCAUGAAUAUCGCACAACCGGUCGCGUCCGGGGUAGAGAGCGUCGAGUUUACGUUCUUGUCGCCAAAGGAAAUCCGAGCAAUCUCUGUCAAGCGAAUUGAGAAUCCCGAAACCUUCGACAACCUUCUCAAUCCUGUACCAGGCGGUCUCUAUGACCCUGCCCUCGGAUCUUGGGGCGAUGCGCCAUGCACAACAUGUAACUUGAACCAGGCUACAUGCCCCGGCCAUGCUGGACACAUUCAACUCCCAGUGCCAGUCUAUCAUCCAGUAUUCAUGGACCAAGCUUAUCGACUCCUGAAAGCUGCCUGCGUCUACUGCAAAGGAUUCCGACUUCCUCAGAAAGAACUACACAAGUAUGUGUGCCAACUAAAACUUCUUCAGCACGGCUUGAUUCAGGAGGCUCACGUAGUGGGUGCCAUUGGCGAUAACGAGCUGGCCAUCGAGCUCGGGGACUUCUCUGAAUUGGAAAGUGAAGCUGAGGAGGAGGGCGGCACCAACUCGAUCGAUAACGUAACACGCGCAAGAGACAAGUACGUUGACAAGUGUCUUAGCGGUAUUAAGAUCAAGAGAGGCGACACAAAGAGAGGGAAACACGAGGGAUCGAGCGAAAUGCGUCGUGAGAUUAUUAAGGAGUUUCUGGCAGAAAUCACCAAGCGCAGAGUUUGCGCUAGCUGUGGUGGCAUUUCACCUUCAUACCGCAAGGAUCGAUUUGUUAAAGUUUUUGAGAGAUCACUAUCUGAUAAGGACAAGGCCAAGAUGGCUCAGAAGAAUUUCAAGCAGGCCGAUGCUAUGGCCAGGGUCCACCAAGCUGCAACCAAACAGAAGCCCGAUGGAUACUCAUCCGACGAGGGCGUUGCAGAUGUGGCUUCUCCUACUCGUGAGACUUCCCACGUUAAUGGAGAUAUCACCGAUCAGGACAUAGAGAUGAUAGAUGCGGACACGGCUUCUACUUCUUCUUCUCCACAGCGGUAUAUCAGCGCCAUGGAGGUUCGAGCUCGACUCAACGAGUUGUUCACCAAGGAGCAAGAAUUGGUUUCCCUCCUAUACAACGCGAAGCCCCCGACCCGCAGCUCUACCAAAGUCACGCCCGACAUGUUCUUUUUGACAACCAUCCUAGUUCCUCCCAACCGCUACCGCCCCGAAGCUCGAACAGGCGAGUCCGAGAUUUCUGAAGCCCAGCAAAAUUCUCUUUACAAAAAUAUUCUCAGAGGCUGUGGAACGAUCGCGCGUCUACACAGGGAGUUACAGGUGGGAAAAGCCGAUGUCAACAGGAUGCAUCAGGCCUCAGCAGAGCUUCAAGAGUCGGUCAACGCGCUCAUCGAUAAGAAUAAAAACCCGGUUCAAGGUGCUGCAGCGAAGCGCAACGAGGAUGGCAUCAAGCAGAAGCUCGAGAAGAAGGAAGGUCUCUUCCGAAAGAACAUGAUGGGUAAGCGUGUUAACUACGCCGCUCGAAGUGUCAUCUCACCCGAUCCCAAUAUCGAGACCAACGAAAUCGGUGUGCCACCUGUCUUUGCGAAAAAGUUGACGUAUCCCGAGCCAGUGACCAGUCACAACUUCAGAGACAUGCAACAAGCUGUCAUCAACGGUGUCGACAAAUGGCCUGGCGCUUUCGCCAUCGAGAAUGAAAAUGGCCAGAUCGUCAACCUUCGCAACAAAUCAGUCGACGACCGUGUGUCUCUCGCAAAUCAGCUACUGGCUCCCACAAGCAGCAAUGCUGCUAGGACCCGGAACAAGAAGGUCUACCGCCAUCUGACCAAUGGCGAUGUUGUCCUGAUGAACCGGCAGCCAACACUUCACAAACCGUCUAUUAUGGGACAUCGAGUUCGAGUUCUCCCUGGCGAGAAGACGAUUCGAAUGCACUACGCCAACUGUAACACAUACAACGCUGAUUUCGAUGGUGAUGAGAUGAACAUGCAUUUCCCGCAGAACGAAGUUGCCCGCGCCGAAGCCCUCCAGAUUGCCGACACUGAUCACCAAUACCUAUCUGGUACUGCGGGGAAACCUCUCCGAGGUCUCAUUCAGGAUCAUAUCUCGGUAUCCGUUGCUCUCUGUAACCGCGACACAUUCUUCACCAAGGGCGACUAUCAACAACUGGUUUACAACGCAUUGCGGCCCGAGAGUGGCCACAUUGUUGGCGAGAGAAUCGAACUUGUUGCCCCUGCAGUGAUCCGACCUGUAGCUCGAUGGACUGGCAAGCAGGUCAUCACCACCAUCUUGAAGAACAUGCAGCCUCCCAACUGCGGCGGGCUUUCCAUGAAAGCGGAAACGCAAAUCAAAGCCAGUCAGUGGGGUGUUAACUCUGAAGAAGGAACUGUUGUUUUUCAGGAUGGCGAAUUCAUCACCGGUAUUCUGGAUAAGUCACAGAUUGGUCCCAGCUCUGGUGGUGUCAUCCACGCUGUUCAUGAGAUUUAUGGCCCGGCUGUUGCGGGUAAGCUCUUGAGUAGUCUCGGUAGGUUGCUCACGAGGUAUCUCAACAUGAGGGCUUUCUCCUGUGGUAUGGAUGAUUUGAGACUUACGCCUGAGGGAGAGCAAGCACGGCGAGAAGCGCUUGUGCCUGCCGACUCAGUGGGUCUCAAAGUUGCAUCUUCCUACGUUUCUCUCGAGCAGGACCCAGGUCCUAGAGAUCCUCUGCUAUUGGAGCGUCUGGAAGAGGUACUUCGCGACGACAGCAAACAAGAAGGUCUGGAUCUUCUGAUGAAGGAAGGUCUUAGUAAGAUCACGGACAAGAUCCAGACAGCUACCAUGCCUGUUGGUCUCGAGAAGGCUUUCCCCUUCAACCAGAUGCAAGCCAUGACAACAUCCGGUGCCAAGGGAUCCAGAGUCAAUGCCUCGCUGAUUUCUUGCAACCUUGGUCAGCAGGUUUUGGAGGGUCGGCGUGUCCCUAUCAUGGUCAGCGGCAAGUCAUUGCCAUGCUUUAACCCAUUCGAGACUCAUGCUCGAGCUGGCGGUUAUAUCGUGCAGCGCUUCCUUACAGGGAUCCGGCCUCAAGAGUACUAUUUCCAUCACAUGGCCGGUCGAGAAGGUCUGAUCGAUACUGCUGUUAAGACGUCCCGCUCCGGUUACCUACAGCGAUGUGUUAUCAAGGGUAUGGAGGGUUUGACGGUCGCUUACGAUACCACCGUGCGAGAUGCAGAUGGCUCCAUGAUCCAGUUCCUGUACGGCGAGGAUGGUCUCGAUGUUUCCAAGCAGAAGUAUUUGACUGAUUUCAGCUUCAUCCUGGAGAACGUCACAUCAGAGGCUUCACAGCUCCGUUACGACCCCAGCGUUGGCGACCGCCUGGGAAUGCACCGCGAUGCGAUCACCAAAUACAUGAAGAAGGCUCUCAAGCACACCAACAUCAAAGAUCCCAAGGCUCAGGACCCGAUCUCAGGUCUCUUCAACCCUGCCACGACCGCGUUCGCCACAUCUGAGAACUUCUACAAGGCCAUGACUUCAUACAUCAAGGAGAACAAGGAUGGCCUUGUCCGGGACAAAUCGGAUAAGAACAAGCUUGCACUCUCUCGUGUGAGCCUCAACAAGAAGAAUGCGGAGAUGCUGUUCGCGAUGAAAUACUUGCGGUCUCUUGUGGAGCCUGGAGAAGCUGUCGGUAUCGUAGCGGGUCAGUCUGUUGGUGAGCCUUCGACGCAAAUGACAUUGAACACCUUCCAUUUGGCUGGUCACUCUGCAAAGAACGUCACGCUGGGUAUCCCUCGACUGCGUGAGAUUCUCAUGACAGCUAGCGACAAGAUCUCCACCCCAGCCAUGUCUAUUUACCCAAUCGAGGAGAUGUCUGUAGAAGAUGCAGAGAUCUUUGCCAAGUCCAUCUCAGUGUUGCCUCUUGGGUUCAUUCUCGAUAACAUCAACGUUGAAGAGAAGGUUGGCCAAGGCAAGAUUUACGGUUCGGCCAAGAUUUACAAGGUCGAUAUACAGUUCUUCGACUCGGAGGAGUACACCAAGACAUAUGCCAUCAAUAUCUCGGACGUUGUCGAGGCUGUUGAGAGGAAGCUCCUCCACCGGCUACUGGCUCUUGUGAAGAAGGACAUCAGGAAGCGAAUGACAAUGUCUACAAUGGCCACUCCCGAUGUUGGCGCCAAGGCUGGUGUUGUGGAGACGGCUGCUCCCAAUGCUGAAGCUGCCGGCAAUUUCGAUGAUGAUGAAGACGAUGAGGAUGGUGAUGAUGACGCGACGAAUGCCAAGCAGCGAGCCAAACGAAGUGAGGCAGUGUCGUAUGGACCCAACGAUGAUGACGACGAUGCCGUGCAGCAGGAAAUGGAGCGGGAUGCCGGUGACGAUGAUGCUGAUGAGGAUGAAGAUUUCGGUGGCAGCCCCCAGCAGGCGGAAGGUGACGGGGAUGGUGACGAUGUCGACUGGUCUGCAAAGGCACGAACCAACCGGGUCCUUGAACAAUACGCCGAGGUUACAGACUUCUCGUUCGACGAGAAGACGGGAGCCAGCUGCAGUUUCACACUGGAGUACGAUUCAACUAUUCCCAAAGUCCUCAUGCUCAACCUCGUUCAAGACGCUGUGAAGAAGACGGUGAUCCAGGAGAUUUCUGGCGUCGGUGCCUGCACCCUUGUCGAGGAGAAGGACACGAAGGUCAUCCAUACAGCGGGUGUGAACCUGCAGGCAAUGCAGCGAUACAGCGAUUUCAUCGACCCCAACCGCAUCCAGACCAACGACAUCGCUGCCGUACUGGCCGUGUACGGUGUUGAAGCAGCUCGCCAAAACAUCGUGCAAGAACUUGCCGGCGUCUUCGGAUCUCACGGCAUCAAGGUGGACAACCGCCACCUGAACCUGAUCGGAGACCACAUGACGAGAAAUGGUGGAUUCACACCUUUCAACCGAAUGGGUCUGAAGGGUAACGUCAGCCCCUUCACUAAGAUGAGUUUCGAGACGACGCUCGCAUUCCUCAAGGACGCUGUGCUGGAUGGUGAUUGGGACGAUCUGUCUACGCCCAGUGGUCGGCUGGUGAUGGGUAGACUUGGAAAGGUUGGCACAGGUGGCUUCGAUGUUUUGGCGCAACUUCCCACAUAUCAUGUUGAUUCUUUGGCGUAAUUUGGUCUGUAAUAAAAAGAGUAGAUACAAUCAAUUUGAUCGAUUAUAUAAUACUUGUUCGAAUAAGCCGUUGAAUCCCUCGCGUCCGUCAACAGAGUAAAUAGUCCCAUGGAGCCAGUUUUGGAGGCUGUAGAAGUCGAG